AGGGUACAGUCUACGACGUUUGUCUUCAAUGCAAGUUUUUGCUGCACAAAUUGUGAGCUGAAUUGCCGCUGCAGAGUAAUUUACUCAAAAUUCCUUUAGAAUCAGAAGAAAAGAGAUGGAGAAGUUUGAAAAUUUCAGCCACAGGCAUUACUUGACCCUCGACCAAAAGGAACGUAAAGAGGGGGAUCAAAUGACCUGCUAUGGUUGCACAAACAAAAUCUGGAGUGAUUUCUAUGGUUGCACGCACUGCAAACAUUACAUCUGCAAAUCAUGUUUUGGAUUGCCGCCAGAGAUGCUACACCCCUUUCACAAGGAACAUCCCCUCACUCUUCUCGCUGAAUCACCUUAUAAAGAAGCAAGUGCAUCACCGUACUGCCACGCCUGCCGGGUGAAAUGUGAAGGGUUCAUUUUCCACUCUCACACUUUGAUUCAAGUGAGCUAGAAUAAGCCCACUACCAAGCCCGACUUUGAAUCAAAUCCAUAUAUCAAUCCACUCCACAGAAAAACCCCUACCCGUCUCAAAGCCCAGCCCAUCUACAAGGCCACAGCUACAAAAAAGGCAAGUGAUCAAACAAAACAGUGUCAUAUCAUAUCAUCAACGCCACAAAGUGACAGUUAAAAUACUGUUCUCUCUCCCGCGAAAAAGCUUUCACAAACAAUUUGUUUAUUAGCUGUUAGAGAACUGGAAAGGCAAGUGAGUCUCGUGGAGGGCUCCUUCUCUUACUUAACAUCCCCACCAUCUUUUUCAGACCUCACCCUUCUCAGUUCUCCAUCUCUUUCUCUCUCUCUAGAUUGUCUUUUUGCUUUGUUUCUGGUCAGGAAAAGGAUUAGUCAGAAAAAAUAUGGUGAAAGAAACAGAGUACUAUGAUGCUCUUGGCGUUAGUCCUUCCGCUACCGAGGUGGAGAUUCGCAAGGCAUACUAUCUCAAGGCAAGACAAGUUCAUCCUGAUAAAAAUCCGAAUGACCCUCAGGCUGCCGAAAGAUUUCAGGUGUUAGGUGAAGCUUAUCAGGUUUUGAGUGAUCCAGUGCAAAGAGAAACUUAUGAUCGAAAUGGAAAGUAUUGCAUAUCUAGAGAAACCAUCAUUGAUCCCACUGCCGUCUUUGCUCUUCUUUUUGGAAGUGAACUUUUUGAAGACUACAUAGGACAUCUAGCUGUGGCAUCAAUGGCUUCCACUGAAUUAGCUGGUGAAAAUGACAACCCCGAAAGACUACAUGAUAGGUUGAAGGCUGUCCAGAAAGAAAGAGAAGAAAAACUCUCCAGAACACUGAAAAUUUUUCUUCACCAGUAUGUUCAAGGUGACAAAGAAGGAUUCUUACAUCGAGCUGAAUCUGAAGCAGAACGGCUAUCACAUGCAGCUUUCGGAGUUGAUGUGUUGCAUACUAUUGGUUACAUAUAUACAAGACAAGCUGCACAAGAGCUUGGAAAGAAAGCCAUUUUCCUUGGCGUGCCUUUUUUGGCCGAGUGGGUUCGGAAUAAGGGACAUUUCUGGAAGUCACAGAUUACUGCAGCAAAAGGUGCUUUCCAAUUGCUGCAACUUCAAGAAGACGUUCGUCGACAAUUUAAAAUGGAUGGUAGUUGCCCUGGAAAUGAUGUUGAAUCACAUUUAAGGCUAAACAAGGACACACUGAUGAACUCAUUAUGGAAAUUGAAUGUAGUGGACAUUGAAAUAACCCUCUUACAUGUGUGUCAAAUGGUGCUGCAAGAAAAUAAUGUUAAGAAGGAAGAACUUAAAGCACGUGCCGUGGCUCUAAAAAAUCUGGGGAAAAUAUUUCAGAGAGAGAAGAUUGCGCGAAGUGGUGGAACGUCCAGGAAAAAUAUUGGUGCUGACGAUGUAAAUGCAGAUGGAAGCAGUAGUUCUGAUAGCAGUGAUGAAGAAGAUUCACCAAGAACACUUAAUUAUCGAACUCCUAUGAUCACACAGGGCAUUGGAAGACUCUUCAGGUGCCUCUGUAAUCCAGCAUUUGAUGUAGACGAUGAAGAGAUUGCGUACAAGAGCAAAUGAUAUGGUUUAACUAUUGGCUUCUUUGAGAUCAAGAUAUGCAAUAUAUUUCAACAUAAAACACUGGAUAUAUUAUCGAAAAGCACGUUGUUCAA